CCCGCGGCGCCUGCCCCGGCUUCGAGGAAGGGGAGGAGAAGGCAAGGUGCGGACGGGAAGAUUCUGCUGCUAUUUCCAGUGUGUGUUUUCCUGGACUGCAAAGACCAGAUCCCACAGUCGUCUACAGCCAGCACCUUUCUGCUGUGUGUAACGAACGUGCUGCAAUCCAGAUACAAUGUCUGUGCCAAGUGGCAUCCCUGUCCCAUCUGCACCACCUUCUUAUGAGGAAACAACAGGAAUCAACGUGAACUAUCCUCAGCCCUAUCCUACCCCAGAACAUGGCCGGAAACCAGAUGGGAAAAGAAUGAACCCUUCCUCAUACAUGGGACAGCCUUCACCAGCGCAUAACCCCAUUACAGUUCAGACAGUGUAUGUGCAGCAACCAGUAGUAUUUUGUGACCGCCCAAUUCAGAUGUGCUGCCCUUCCUGCAACCAGAUAAUAGUGACACGUCUCUCGUAUGACUCAGGAGCUUUGACUUGGCUGUCAUGUGGUGGCCUCUUCCUGCUGGGGUGUGUAGCUGGCUGCUGCUUAAUUCCCUUCUGCAUUGAUGCCCUAAAGGAUGUGGAUCACAGCUGUCCAAACUGCAAUACUCUUCUUGGGUCUUACAAACGUUUGUAGGCAGUGUUUAAACAUUGAUAAUUGAUUGAUGAAGUUGGUUAGCACCUCUACAAGCCCUUUUUGAAGCUUCUUGGAGACUUCUGGUUUCUGUGCAUCCUAUCACUGGAAACCAAUCAAAAGUAAUGUUUAAUGCUAGAUUGUUUGAAUAAGAAUUUGCUUGAGGGGAUUUCGACUUAAGUCUGUAAAACUAUAUUUAAUUUUUAAGGGCCACUCAGUGCAGAACCAGUUGAUGGCAACUAUGUUUUCCCUUUUUGCUUUUUGCAAAACAGGCUGGUGAUGUUCUUCAGUUAACCUCAUCUCAACCAUGCUGCACACUGGUGUGCUUGCUUAUAGUCAGCUCAGACAGGGAGGAGAACAUCUAUGGAGAACUAUAUAGUCUCAUGCUUGGUGCUGAUGCUUUUGUAACAGCACUGUUUGCAAACUGGCGGGGAGCUGCUUGCCUCUGAGACAAGUGCCCCUCUUUGACAAAAGAAGCAAUUUGUUGGCAUCUUUUCAUAAGCACUAAAAUUCACUUUACAACUUUCUUAGUUGAAAGAGAACUAAACCUACAGGCUUCAUCUUUUUCGGAGGCUACUCUACCAAAUGGACAACUCAGGUUAUCAUGCAUUAAUGGUGAUUCAAUCUAGUACCUGAAUUUCCUUGCCAGUUUCAAGUCUAGUCAUACAUCUACUCUACGGUAAAGAUGUUCAUACAGGAAUUUUUAACAGGAACUUGUUCAGUGAUUUUUGGUUGGUUGGGAUUUUUUUACUGCUGAUUUAGACGUCUGUCAAGUGUUCUCUUUGCUCCACUCCAGUGAAAGUGCCACUAGAGCCUUGGCUGUACAUUUAUGUAAGUCAACUGAUAAAGCAUAAACAAACCUCAGCCUUAUCUUAAGGCUUGAAUUCCACCUGCAAAACACAGAUUCUGGACCUGGGGUUUUACUUAUUGAUCUGUUUGUUAAUUACUGUUUCUUCUUUAAGGAGGUAACAUGAUUGUUAAGGAGUUUCUCUGAUGAUUAUUUAGGUGUGUACCAUGAUUUUUCUAAAUGAAAGAAGUUCUGUUUUCAGAAGCUUAAGCUGGAUAUGCUUUUUUAAGACAAUGAUCACAAAAAAUUAGGGAAUGAGGCUCUUAAGGUUGAAGUACUUUGUCAUAAACAGCGGACUCAGUCUGAAUAAAAUCUUGAUGCAUUUGAAUUAUGUCUGUCUAGAAAAGAUGGGUGUUUAAACAAGGCUGUGAUGCUAACACUGUAUUAAUCUCUGUAAAAGUAAAAAGCUAAAAUAAAAAUUAAAAAAUA